ACUGCGCGCGAGGGGGGCGGGCUCUGAGCACGCGGAGUGGGUAGGCGGUUGCUGGGAUUUUGUGCGGCGUCGACGCGCAGAGAUUGAUUCAGAAUGACUGCUGGAAAAGCUGUAAUUGGAAAAUUGGCUCCUGAUUUUGAUGCCACUGCUGUGAUGCCUAAUGGACAAUUUGAACAACUUAAGCUAUCUAAAUACAGAGGCAAAUAUGUAGUCUUCUUUUUCUACCCACUUGAUUUCUCCUAUGUGUGUCCAACUGAGAUUAUUGCUUUUAGCGAUCGUGUGGACGAUUUCAACAAGGUUAACUGUGAAAUAAUUGCUGCUUCUACAGAUUCUCAUUUUGCUCAUUUAGCUUGGAUCAACACCCCAAGAAAGCAAGGAGGACUUGGUCCAACAAAAAUCCCUUUAGUAUCAGAUCUUCGUCACACAAUCUGCAUAGAUUAUGGUAUCUUAAAGGAGGAUGAAGGAAUUGCUUUCAGAGGUUUGUUCAUCAUUGAUGGUGCUGGUAUAUUGCGUCAGAUCAUGAUCAAUGAUUUGCCUGUUGGACGUUCAGUGGAUGAAGUUAUGAGGUUGGUUCAAGCAUUCCAAUUUACAGAUGAACAUGGAGAAGUUUGCCCUGCUAAUUGGAAACCUGGUGGCGAAACCAUAACACCUGAUGUAGAAAAGAGCAAGAAUUACUUUUCAAAGCAGAAAUAGUCUCUCUUCCUUUUGAUGUUGAAUGUAACAUGUGGCACAUUAGUUAGUUAUAUAUGUGUCUGAAAAAGGUUGCUUUUAGUGAGGAUAUUUUGGUGAUUUUUGCUGAGACUAAUACUGAUUGAAGAGAGGGUAUGCUAUAAGCAUCAAAAUAAUCUGCGUAGAAUCUUGCUUGAAGAGAACAUUGUUGGGGAUAAGUAAGCAUGGAGUCAAUGUAAUCAAUUUACCCACCACCCAUUUUCUAUUGUUUUAUUUCAAUUCACAGAAAAUUGUGAGGUUCUGAGUUUAUGUAGCUAAUCUCCAUGCCUGAUUUUCAAUUGUUACUCGUGUUGAGAGAUGCUAUGCAUCAGAAUCAUCUUGCAAAAGUUAUCCUGUCUUAACAAAACAGUUUUACACAUUUGUGUAUUCUUCUGGAGCUGAAAUGCUUCAAUGUUUUAUGAAUUAAUUACGUGUCAGGGUAUAGUAAUGUUUUUCAGUAAACCUGUGUUGAGCAGAAUUUAUUACAUAUUUUGUGCAUUUAUACGUACAAAAA